CGAUGAUUUGUUUUCCGGUGAGAGGAAAGUUAGGGUUUGAGUAAGAGAUAGAGUAAACAAGAAGGAAGAAAUUCACAUGUUUAAUCUUUCCCUUCUUAAUUAUCUUCACUUCAGAUUGAAUAUUAUUCUUUCCUGGUUUCCAAAUCUUCGAUCUUUCACACUAAAUUUGUUCUAAAACAUUGAGGAAGACGACGGUGAGGAUGGAAUUAGAGCAGCUUAAGAAGUCUGUAGAAGAGAACCCAGAUGACUCUUCUCUACAAUUCGAACUCGGUUUGUAUCUGUGGGAUAAUGGUGGAGAUUCAGAGAAAGCGGCGGAGCAUUUUGUGUUGUCGGCGAAAUCAGAUCCGAAUAAUGCAGUGGCGUUUAAGUAUUUAGGGCAUUACUACUCGCGUGUAACGCUUGAUCUUAAUCGAGCUGCUAAGUGUUAUCAGAGAGCAGUGUUGAUAAACCCUAAUGAUUCUGAUUCUGGAGAAGCUUUGUGCGAUUUAUUUGAUAGACAAGGGAAAGAGAUUUUGGAAAUUGCGGUUUGUCGUGACGCUUCUGAGAAGUCUCCUAAGGCUUUCUGGGCAUUUUGUAGAUUGGGUUAUAUUCAGCUUCAUCAGAAGAAGUGGUCUGAAGCUGUUCAGAGCCUACAGCAUGCAAUUAGAGGUUAUCCUACCAUGUCUGACUUGUGGGAAGUAAUUGUCCUUUUUCUCUUCUUCUAGUUAUUAACAUUUCCUUACAUUGUUUCUUUACUAUAUGACCGAAUUUGACAAGAAUUAUUUUUGUCUGUCUGUCAUUGCAGGCUCUAGGCCUUGCUUACCAGCGACUUGGAAUGUUUACUGCUGCUAUCAAGGCGUAUGGCCGCGCCAUAGAAUUAGAUGAGACCAAAAUUUUUGCAUUAGUGGAAAGUGCAAAUAUCUUUUUGAUGCUUGGCUCAUAUAGAAAGGGUGUGGAGCUAUUUGAGCAAGCACUGAAGAUUUCACCUCAGAAUAUUUCUGUGCUCUAUGGUCUUGCUUCUGGAUUGCUUAGUUGGUCAAAGGAAUGCAUAAAUUUGGGCGCAUUUGGAUGGGCAGCUUCGUUAUUGGAGGAUGCCCGUAAAGCUGCAAAAGCAAGCAGUGAACUGGCCAGCAGCAUGUCUUGUAUAUGGAAAUUGCAUGGAGAUAUUCAGCUUACAUACGCAAGAUGCUUUCCAUGGUCUGGUGGAACUGAAAACUCAGAAUUCACUUUGAAGACAUUUAGUGAUUCAAUUCUUUCUUGGAGAAGCAUUUGUUACUCAGCUGCAUUGUCAGCCAAAGCUUCUUACCAGCGAGCUCUACACUUAGCCCCUUGGCAAGCUAAUGUUUAUACCGACAUAGCCAUAACUUGUGAUCUUGUUUCAAGUUUAAGCGAUGACUCUGAUACUUCAAGUUCUUGGAAGCUACCAGAAAAGAUGGUGCUGGGAGCAUUAUUGCUGGAAUGUGAAAACUCGGAGUUCUGGGUUGCUUUGGGUUGUAUGUCUGAUAACAGUGCUUUGAAACUACAUGCUUUGAUCCGGGCAUUGCAUUUGGAUGUAUCUUUAGCCGUUGCUUGGGCUUUUAUGGGCCAGAUUUUCAGGGAAUCGGAUGAAAUGAAAUUUGCAAAGCAAGCUUUUGAUUGUGCUAGAAGCAUAGAUCCUACACUUGCGCUACCUUGGGCUGGCUCAGCUGAUACUUAUGCGAGGGAGUCAACAUCAGAUGAGGCUUUUGAGAGUUGUUUACGAGCUGCACAGAUAUCACCUCUUGCAGAAUUCCAAGUUGGUUUGGCAUGGCUUGCUUUGCUGCAGGGAAAUAUAUCAUCCCCGCAGAUUUUUGCUUGCAUUGAGCAGGCAGUGCAGCGCAGCCCUUAUUACCCUGAACCCCAUAACCUCCAUGGGCUAGUUUGCGAGGCAAGACAUAAUUAUCACACUGCCAUUGCUUCUUAUAGGCUAGCACUAGCUGCAAUGAGUAUUUAUCCCGAAAGUUCAGUAAAAUCUCAUGCUGGAAAAGUAUCUAUAAACUUGGUCAGGUCACUCAGCAAGGCAGGACGAUUCAAAGAAUCUGUUAUGGAAUGCGCUAAUUUGAAGUCAAAAGGUUUGCUUGAUGCCGGAGGUUUGCAAAUAUAUGCUUUCUCUCUGUGGAGGACUGGUCAGAAUGAUUCGGCUCUUUCAGUGAUUAGGGAUCUGGCUGGUAGGAUUUCUACCAGGGAAAAAACCUCCAUAGCCUUCCCAAUCAGCUUCAUCUGUAGUCUACUUUAUUGCAUAUCUGGGUUAGAUUCUGCUAUCACCAGCAUCCAGAAAAUGCCAAAGGAUUUCUUCCAGAGUUCGAAAAUCAGCUUUAUAGUAUCUGCCAUCCAUUCUCUUGAUCAGAGUGAUAGACUUCAGUCGAUUGUUGCAAGCACUCGUAGCUAUAUAACAUCACAAGAAGAAAUAGUUGCAAUGCACUAUUUGAUAGCACUCAGCAAAUUGCUGAAAACUGGAGCAGGAGAUUUCCUUGGAUAUGAGAAGGGGAUUGCCCACCUCAGCAAAGCUAUUCAUAUGUAUCCUCAUAGUAAUUUGAUAAGGAACCUGCUUGGAUAUAUUUUGUUAGCUGGUGAAGGAAUGAAAGAUGCAUGUACUGCUAGUAGAUGUUGUAUCAUAAAUGUCUCUGAGUGUGCAAAUAAGGAAGGUCUGAAGUCCGCAUUGGAGGUCCUUGGUGGAGGAUCAGUUGCUUGCAAUGUAAUUGGCAAUACAGCUCCUAGGUUCUCAUUUCCGACAUGCCAUUGUCAGUAUCUGAAUGCUCCUGUUGUUGUUGUAGAAUUGCAAAGAUUCUUGCAUCAAGAACCUUCGAACAGCAGUGUAAGAUACUUGCUUAUUCUGAAUCUCGUGCAGAAGGCACGUGAGCAGAGAUUUCCUCGCCAGCUUUGUAGGGCUAUUGAGCGUCUAAUAUCUGUGGCACUCUCUGAUGAGACAUGUUCGAAAGAAGGCGAAUAUAAAAAAUUCCAGCUUCUGCUUUGUGCUUCUGAGAUUAGUUUACAGAUGGGAAAUAUAGCAGAGUCCAUUAACCAUGCUCGAAAGGCUUCUUCCCUUUCUCUUCCAAGUAGCUAUCUAUUUCUAGGACAUUUACAACUUUGCCGUGCCUAUGCAGCAAAUGGGAGUACCAAAAACAUGCAAGAGGAAUACAGAGCGUGUUUGGAACUCAAGACUGACUCAAAUAUUGGUUGGAUUUGCCUGAAGCUCAUAGAAUCUCAGUAUAAUCUGGAACCUGAUGCUAACCUCUUAGAGAUGAGCCUACAAGAAUGCUCGAGCCAGAAGAAGAAUUCAUGGAAAGAAUGGAUGGCUGUAUACAGUUUAGCUCGUGGCUUAGAUUCUACAGGGAAAAAAGACUUUUUCUCAGCAGAGGAAUUCCUUGCACAAGCUUGUUCGUUGUUAAAUUCAGAGAGCUGUCUACUUCUCUGCCAUGGUGCUGUCUGCAUGGAGCUGGCUAGACAGUCUAAUGACUCGCAGUUUCUCUCACUAGCUGUAAAAAGUCUUAGCAAAGUUCAAGCGAGUUCAUUGUUUCCUUUGCCUAUCGUUUAUACAUUAUUAGCUCAAGCACAUGGAAGUCUUGGCUCUAAAGAGAAAUGGGAGAAGAAUCUUCGUCUGGAAUGGUUCUGCUGGCCUCCAGAAAUGAGACCUGCAGAAGUUUACUUCCAGAUGCAUAUACUCGCAAGACAAUCAGAAGACAGACCUGAAACCACUUCAGGGAUUGAAAACUACCAAAGUCCUGAGAAAUGGGUGAUUAGGGCUAUUCACACUGAUCCUUCUUGUCGGAGAUAUUGGAAAGUCUUGGAUAAGCUUGUUCAACAUCCCAUGAGCUGA